CGCCCGAGGCGGGCGCGGCGGCCACGUCAGCCCCGGAGCCGCCCCGCCCGCCUCCGGCCCAGAGCCGGAUCCAGGAUCCCGCCGCCCUUCCGCCGGCGCCGGGGGAAAGGCGCUGCCAUCCCAGCCUGCCCCGCGCCCGGCCCGCUCGCACCGCCGGCUCCCGCAGCCCCGAGCCCGGGGCCGGCCCCGCUCCGCGCUGCGGGGAGGGCAGAGCGCGGCGGCCGCCCCGCCCCGGUGCCUCCCCGGCCCUCCCGCCGCAGCCCGGCCCCGGCCCCGGCCCCGUGGGGCUCCGACCUUCUCUCUCCCGGCGGUGGCGGCGGCUCCCGGCACGGGGCUUAUCUGCCCGGCUUUGUCUGUGAGGGGCGUCCGCAGCCUGCCUGGCGGGCAGCCCCCGCCCCGGGGCGGCGGCCGGCCCAGAGCCAGCGGCCCCUUGCGCGGAAUGAGCCCCGGCGCUGCUGAGGGGGUUUCUCUUUAGCAAGACUCGUGACAUGAAGUAGAACAGGCAUUUUGAAGAGCUCUGCCAUAAAUACAGAUGUAUCUCUGAAUGUUGGCACAUUUACUGGAGACUCUUCCCAAAGUCUGUUUGAAUCAGAGCCUGUGAAAUUUCCAAAAGCUUCAUAAUGGAGUUUUUAGCAUCCAAAGGAGAUUAUAUUAGGUAUUUCAAAAGGUCUUUAUUGCUAGUUUUAGUAUGUGUAAUAGUUCUUGUGUGCACUGAUCAGGACUACUAUAGUUUACUUGGAGUAUCCAAAGAAGCAAGUAGUAGAGAAAUACGACAAGCAUUCAAAAAGCUGGCAUUAAAGUUGCACCCUGAUAAAAAUCAGAAUGAUCCAAAUGCACAUGAAAACUUUUUGAAAAUAAAUAGAGCAUAUGAAGUACUUAAAGAUGAAGAUCUACGGAAGAAGUAUGAUAAAUAUGGGGAGAAGGGUCUCGAAGAUCAGCAGCAGGGAGGUCGUUACGAGAGCUGGCACUUUUAUCGCUAUGAUUUUGGUAUUUAUGACGAUGAUCCCGAAAUUAUAACACUGGAUAGAGGAGAAUUUGAUGCUGCUGUUAACUCAGGAGAACUGUGGUUUGUGAAUUUUUAUUCUCCUCGAUGCUCCCACUGCCAUGAUUUAGCACCUACGUGGAGAGAAUUUGCUAAGGAGCUGGAUGGAGUGAUACGCAUUGGAGCUGUGAACUGUGGAGAUAACAGAAUGCUUUGUCGAAUUAAAGGGAUUAACAGUUACCCCAGUCUGUACGUUUUCAAAACUGGAAUGCAACCAGUGAAAUAUUAUGGAGACAGGUCAAAAGAGAGCUUAAAGAACUUUGCCAUGCAGUAUGUUACAAGCACAGUCACUGAGUUAUGGGCAGGAAAUUUUGUAAAUGCUAUUGAAACUUCAUUUGCAUCCGGUGUUGGUUGGCUGAUCACCUUCUGUGCUGAACGUGGAGAUUGCUUGAGUUACCAAACCCGCCUUAAGCUAGCCGGCAUGUUGGAAGGUCUUGUUAAUGUGGGCUGGAUGGACUGUGGCACCCAGGGUGAGCUUUGUGAUAAUUUAGAUGUCUCAUCUAGUACUACUGCAUACUUUCCACCUGGAGCCACCAUAAAUAACAAAGAGAAAGGAGGUGUUUUGUUUCUUAACUCCUUGGAUGCCAGAGAAAUAUAUCAGGAAGUAAUGAAGCAUCUCCCAGACUUUGAAAUCAUCUCUGCAGCAUCAUUAGAGGACCGUCUGGCUCAUCACCGGUGGCUGCUUUUCUUCCAGUUUGGGGAGGGGGAUAAAUCAAAUGUGCAGGAAUUUAAGAAACUGAAAUUUUUACUGAAGGAUGAGCAUAUUCAGGUUGGGAAGUUCGACUGCCUUUCCUCACCAACCAUCUGCAACAAACUAUAUGUUUAUCAGCCUUGUUUAGCAGUCUUCAAAGGAAAAGGAACUGGGGAUUAUGAAAUUCAUCAUGGAAAGAAGAUCUUAUAUGACAUUGUUGCAUUUGCCAAAGAAAGUGUGAACUCCCAUGUCAUCACACUGGGACCUCAGAAUUUUCCUGACAAAGAUAAGGAACCAUGGCUUGUGGAUUUCUUUGCACCGUGGUGUCCUCCUUGUCGAGCCUUGUUACCAGAGCUGAGAAAAGCAUCUAAACAUCUUUAUGGUCAGCUUAAAUUUGGAACACUAGACUGUACUGUCCAUGAAGGCCUUUGCAACAUGCAUAACAUUCGAGCUUACCCAACAACAGUUGUAUUCAAUCAGUCUGAUGUUCAUGAGUAUGAAGGACAUCACUCAGCUGAGCAGAUCUUGGAGUUUAUAGAGGAUCUUAGGAAUCCAUCGGUGGUGUCCCUAACACCAGAGACAUUUGCUGAAUUGGUUCAGAGAAGAAAGCGAGAGGAGAUCUGGAUGGUGGACUUCUACGCUCCGUGGUGUGGACCUUGUCAGGCCUUAAUGCCAGAAUGGAAGAAAAUGGCCAGGAUGUUAAAUGGAUUAAUUAGUGUAGGCAGUGUGGAUUGUCAAAAAUAUUAUUCUUUCUGUCACCAAGAAAGUGUGAGGGGCUAUCCUGAAAUCAGACUCUUUCCUCAAAAAUCAAACACGGCUCAUCAAUAUUAUAGCUACAAUGGAUGGCACAGAGAUGCCUAUUCACUCAGAGGCUGGGCGUUGGGAUAUUUACCACAGGUGUCUGUAGAUCUCACCCCUCAGAGUUUCACAGAAAAAGUUCUGAAUGGGAAAGAUCAUUGGGUCAUUGAUUUCUAUGCGCCUUGGUGUGGACCUUGCCAAAAUUUUGCUCCUGAAUUUGAGAUGCUUGCAAGGGCUGUUAAAGGAAAAGUAAAAGCUGGAAAAGUAGACUGUCAGGCAUAUGGUCAGACCUGUCAGACUGCUGAUAUCAGAGCCUAUCCUACUGUUAAGUUUUACCCCUACCAAGGAACAAAGAAAAGUGUUCUUGGGGAAUACAUAGACAGCAGAGAUGCAAAAGGUAUAGCUGACCUUUUGAAUGAAAAAUUAGAAGCAAUGGAAAAGAAAGAAAAAAGAAAAAAAUCUAGAAAUAAGGAUGAACUCUAACUGGUACUGAAGGCAGAUACAAUUCAAAAUAUUCUGAAGCUGUGAAGAUAGAAGACACCACAAGGAAAAUAUAAGGAUAGUUACAUUGAAGACAGGACGAGACACAUGAAAACAAGUUGAGUUCACAGGCAUACACGACUGUAUGAGUUCUGUUAAACUGUGGGGAGAUGAAAACAUUUUGGUUUUGGUGGAGGCAAUGUUUCUGCAUGUCCCUCUUCUGAUAUACCAGCUACCUUCUUCCUGGCCAAACACUGGAGUUGACCAGAAAUGUGGACUCUCAUCACUUUUGCCUACCCAUUUACUAGUUCCUUAUAUUUUUUUCUGUCUCUUCUCAAAUGCUUUCUGAAUGUGGCACUCAGCCUGUGGCUGAAUAUGCACUCGAAGCACUCUGCAAUGCAGAACAUAAUGACGGAUUGUCUAUUUGAAAGACAAACAGUUGUACCUGAUGAUUAUUCUGCUUUGGGGUUGCAUUAUUGUCUAGUCAAUGGUUAAGAAAUAAAAUCAAGAACUGGUGGGAGGAUAUGUUUAUUGAAUUAAAUUGCUCUUGCUCUCGAGUGGAUUACUCUGUUGUGGCAGUGGUGAUGCUACCUGGAUGAACAGAACUUUGAAGAGCUUUAGUUGCUUGGUUUUGGGAUUGUGUUUAUUAUUUUUUUUUUAAGUAAGAAAAAAUAAAAUAAUUCAAAUGUGGUAUUAACUUUCAAAGUGUAAAUUAUGCAAUAGAAGCAUCUGGUUAAGUCAUUAGAUCAUCACUUUUAUCAUUGUCUUUUUAAAUAUGAAUGUAUUCUGUGGGCAUAUUUAACCUCUUUUGGCAUUACCACUUUCCCUUUCCCUGCAGACAUAUUUUUAGGUGGGUUUUUUGUUUGUUUGUUUAUUUUAUAUAAUCUUCAGGCAAGCAGGAGAGCAAGUGCCUUCUUUAAUUUAAUAAUAAUGAAUACUGUACAUUGCAGUGUCUCCUCAUACUUCUUACUAGAAUUCCUGCUCUAAAGAGUAAUAUUUUUCAGAGCUUCUCCAUAGACAAGAAAAAUUACAGCAGAUGACAAAAUGUCUGCAAACAACUGUUUCAUGAUUUCAAUAAAAUGCUCCCUAGCACUUGACAGAUGGAAUUCCCUCCCUGCUCUUUACGUAUUUAGACCUAGCAUGACUGGUCACUGUAUUAUGAGUAUGACAAAUUUGUAAAUACAUUGUUAUUGACAAGUAACUUAUUUCAUGAAGAAGGCAGCAAGAAGUGAAGAGACAAGUAACUGAGACAUUCAGCUGUUUUUCCCCUACUCUCAGGGUUGCCUCUAUUGAUUUUUCAUUUUUGCAGCCUAUUAUUCUAAGAAUGAAGAGACUGUUGCAUCUAUUUUUUAAUAAAGUACAUCUUCCUACAUCCAAAUUUAACUUCAAAUUCAAUCACAGUUAAAAAUUAAAAUUUUUAAAAUAACUGUUCUGGUUAGUUUUUGCAUAUCACUGUACUGCAGUUCCCACCUUCCACACUCUUCUUGGAGAAUGAGGUCUAGGAAAAGUUUUGAAACAUAUUUAGGCUGUGGGGAAGAGGAUUUAGUUUAAAUAUCAAUAAAGUUCAUUUUGAAGAUAUAA